GAUCUGAUGGAACAACACUGGGGGUGAUCGUUGGUUAUCGUCGGUGCACGUGCUAACGUGUGCACACCUUGUUUGAAAUUCGUGGCGGUGAGAAGUGAGGUUAAGAAUCUGUUAAUUUGGAAUAAUUUAAAGGGAUUAUCAUGGAAAUCGAAUCUAUUAAGAAGAAUCGUCUUAAAAUGAAAUCGAAAGAUAAAGCCAUGAGCACGAAUAAGGACCAUAAGGACGAAACUCAGAUACAAAUACGUUUUAUAACUAAGCAGCAGCAAUAUGCGAUACCAGAUUAUCCCCUAUCGGUCCAUAGCUCGAUAAUCACCGACGAAUUAAACACCUUGGUAAACGAACUUCUGAGAGAAUCGAAUGAUAUCCAAGACCAAGUGGAGUUUGAUUUCCUGAUAUGCUCACAAUUUCUACGUAGCUCUUUGAUAGAACACAUCACUGAUAGAGAAAUUUCUACAGAGGAUGUAAUAGAUGUAGAGUAUGUGGAAAAGCAUCCUUCACCAGAGCCAAAGGAUUGCCUAAUACAUGACGAUUGGGUAUCAGCUAUUGCUGUUUGUGGAAAAUGGAUCCUAACUGGUUCUUAUGAUAAUAUGCUACACAUUUGGACAUUGAAAGGCAAGCAUCAUCUUGUGAUUCCUGGACAUAUAUCUCCUGUCAGAGCAGUGGCUUGGAUAUCUCUCAAUGACGAUAAUGCUUCCUUCGUUAGCGCAUCGAUGGAUCAAACUUGUAUGAUAUGGAGUUGGGAUAUAACGAAGAAUUCUGUGGAAUGCAUACAUAUCUGCAAAGGACACAGAAGAAGCAUUGAAGCAGUCAGCAUUAAUUAUGAUAAAACGUUAAUGGCAACUGGUGCCUGGGAUAAUAUGCUAUAUAUUUGGUCAACAUCUACGCAAGAGGAUGACGAUGAUGGAGAAUCUGCGUCGAAAAGAGCAAGAUCGGAAUACGCGAAUAAAACGAAGACGCCGAAAUGCGCGAUGAAAGGACACAAGCAAGCGAUCAGCGGGAUUGUAUGGUCCGACAAAACGGAAAUCAUCACAGGCUCGUGGGAUCACACUAUAAAAACUUGGGAUACUGAAUUAAACGGCAUCAAGCAGGAAAUAUAUGGUGACAAGUGUUUCUUUGAUAUUGAUUAUUCGCCAUUAUCACGUGUUGUGAUAGCAGGAUCAGCCGAUCAACAUGUGAGGCUGUAUGAUCCAAGGUCUACAGAAGGUACGAUUGUGAAAGCUAGAUUUACCUCUCACACGCAAUGGGUGACGUCAGUACGCUGGUCGACCAUAGACGAACACCUUUUUAUUUCAGGAGCAUAUGAUAAUAUCGUCAAGCUCUGGGACACGAGAAGUCCCAAGGCACCGCUGUUUGAUCUCCUAGGACACGAAGACAAAGUCCUCAGCUGCGAUUGGUCCAAUCCUAAAUUGAUAAUGUCCGGUGGUGCAGACAAUACACUAAGGAUAUUCAAAUCCAACUACGUAGAGCGUUAAUUACAAAUAUAUAGAUUACAAAUAGAAUUUGUUAUAAAACAUUGUUUUGUCGCUAACAAAACGAUCUUCUCCCGUUUCAUAAGAUAAUAUGCAUAAAUUUGUCAUAUUGAUAGUUAAUAAAAUUUAAAUUAGAAAACUAACAAAAAUAGAUUAUUACGCAAAAGGCGUCUCAAUCACUUUUUGUGACGAUGUAAUUUUUAUCCUUCGUGUUUGAGAAUCUAUUUCUUAAUUUGAAUGAUGUGCUUUUUUAUAUCUUUGGAAAUGAAAAUAUAUUGACGAGUCCAUCGAGAAAUCGACUUUAUAUUCAAUCAUAUAAUAUCGUAUGUGAAAAAUAUAAAGGCCUGAUCGAUGGUACGAAUAUAACAAUCCAUUUCUUGUAACAAAAAAAUAAAAUUGAAACUACUAACAUAUUAAUACUAAAGGAUAUUAACAAAAACAUGCUUCUUUUUUUCCUGGAUUAGUAGCCGCUUUCUUUUUCCUCUCUUCCUGAAUUUCUUUCUUCAAGAACUACGCCAGAUGGGUGAAGUAAGAGUCGUGUCGCUCGGCAUAAAUCCCCAAAAACAGAUCGUUUAUUGAUCAAAAAUAAGGGAUGAUAAUCGUGACGAAUCCGGGAACUCGCUCUUCCCGCGCAUCGCGAAUUAUUUAAUUAUUUACCAAACCGUUUCUUCAUUACUCUCGUAAGUAACUCUAAAAAGACCACCGAUUCAAGUGCACGCCCCUAUAGUAGAGACACACAUAGGGUGUUACGCGGUAAUAAUACAGGAGCAGCGGAGAGCGUGCAUACUCUCCGCAAUAGCGCACGCACAUUUUUUCCCUCUUUUUCUUUCUGUACAAGUGUGUGUUUUGUAUGUGUGUAUGUCUGUAUGUAUUCCUUAUAAGCGUGUGCUGUGUGUCAAAUAGGCAGAUGACGGUUCUUCGAGACAUGUUAUCUUCUUUUUUUCUUCGAAGUUACUCACACACCUACGUACACACAUGCGCACACUCUCUUCCUCUCGCUCGUACA